AUGGUUCUUCAGUAUGAUGAAAAUGUUCGCAACCUGCUGUAUCGGAGAUCAUGCCAAUACACGCAGAGCGGACUUGUGGAUGCCUCUGUCCUCGAAGCUGAUCUCGUCGAGAGGGUGAAGAGCUUCGCGAAGCGUUAUCCGAACAGCAGGACAGCCCAGGCUUGCAAGGCUGUGGAGGGAUGCACCCCCGACGCUAUCGCAGAAGCCAUCCGCUCGACAUCGGAGAAGCUCUGGCAGGGAAGAGAGGACUUCGCGAUCGAUGGUCGCAAGUUCACAGCUGUACAUGUGAGCAUCGUGCACGAUCGAUCUUUCAAGAUUCGAGCCAAGAGAGGACCCUGGGGCAAAGGGGGCAGCUUGGCAGAGCUGACUCACCUGCUAACCUUGGGCGGCAUGACAACGGCUGAGAUAGCUGCCGUCUAUCGCUAUCAGCUGCUGCGCCAGUCCCUUGCAGCGGUCCAACUCCAGCCGCUGGCAGGCAUGCUGGUCGCUGGGGCGCCAGGACAGCAAGUCCACAAAGGCUUAGGUCAGAAAGGCUUCAUCGCUGUAGGGGCCAACGUCAUCUGGAGACAGAGGGAGGUGGAGUGGAUCGUCUCCUCGAGCUGCCCAGAGGCGAAUGAUACAGCAUUUCGAGCUUUCCGAGAGAGCGAAGCGAUGGAGGGAGUACACCUGACUCUGUUCAGCGAGGACCCGAAGAUCAGAGAGGCGCUCGCAGUCGAGUUGACAGCUGAUCGCUUUGUGUCCAGAAAUAAGUUGAAGAAGGCAUCAAGGAUGCAGAAGAAGGCAGGCGGCAAGGACGGCAAGGAGAUCAAGAUCAUCAUCAAGUCGACGGCGGCAUCUGGUCGCUUCACGAGGAAGGAGAUGGAGGGGCUGUGCAACGGCGGCAACACGUCUAUCGCAAGAGUCAAGAGAGUCUUGUUGGAGAUCGCUACACAGGCUCGAGAUCAACGU